AUGGAACGCCGCCGUACUCUGCUGCUGCUGCUGCUCGGCCGUGGUCGCACCACCGCCGUCAUUGUUGAUGAUGAUCGGUUCUGUGCUUCUUCUCCGGCAAUGUACUACGCUGGUGGUGGGUUGGGCGGAAUCCGGCACCGUUCCAGUGAUGAUGAUCAGGAGCGCGGCCGGAGUUUUUACACGGCAGCGCCCCCGGCGGACAGCGGUGGUCGUCACAGCGAGACUGGCCGAGCCUCACUUCUCUCUGGAGUAGACACUUCUCGGUAUUUCGUGGCAAGGGUGACACCUAUCCACCUCUCUGACUCCGGUCUCCACGAGCGCUCCACUCCGCACACGAAUCAGCCAUGCAGGCCUAGAUCCCCAGCCCUUCCUUCCUUCCGGCGGCAGUUCCUCGCCGGCGUCGUGCCCUCCCCUCCCCUCCCUCCACCUUCUCCUCAGGACUCAGAACUUAUGGACGAACAGGUGGAAAACUUUGUGGGGCAUGACAAAGGUGGAUUGGCCCAAGUUCCUUAUGACGGAGAGCAGCCAAACCCGUAUGAUGAUGUUGCGAAGCAGUACAGUGAAGAGCUAGGUGACCAGUACAAUGAGCAACCUGGUGCCCAAUAUGAUGAAGGGUCUGCGAAUCCGUAUAAUGAAGAGCAAGCAAACGUGUACAACGAGGAAACCGGGAAUCAGUACAAUGAGGACCCAACAAAUUCUUACCAGGAAGAGCUGGAGAAUGCAUUCAGUGGAGACCCGGACAUGGCACAAAAGGACAACUCGCAGGUCAACAAUGUUGACGAUGACAAAUGGCCUGGAUGGCCAGGAGAGAGUGUUUUCCGUAUACUGGUUCCAGCUCAGAAGGUCGGAGCUAUCAUUGGUCGCAAAGGGGAGUUUAUCAAGAAGAUGUGCGAGGAGACUAAAGCGCGCAUCAAAAUACUUGAUGGCCCGCCUGGUGUGCCAGAAAGAGCAGUAAUGAUUUCAGCAAAGGAUGAACCAGAUGCACCUCUCUCUCCAGCUGUGGAUGGCUUACUUAGAGUUCAUAAAAGAAUAACUGAUAGUUCAAAUGGUGAAUCUGGUCAGCUUCAACGAAGUGCUGGUAAUAUAGGACCAACACGUCUUCUAGUGCCAUCUUCGCAAGCUGGCAGCCUUAUUGGCAAGCAGGGAGCAACUAUUAAAUCAAUACAAGAUUCUUCUAAGUCCGUUGUCCGUAUUGUUGAGAAUGUGCCUCCUGUUGCACUAAAUGAUGAUAGAGUUGUGGAGAUACAAGGCGAGCCUCUUGGUGUCCAAAAAGCAGUGGAAUUAAUAGCGAGUCACUUAAGAAAAUUUCUUGUUGACCGCAGUGUUCUUCCAUUGUUUGAAACACAUAUGAAAAUGCAUGGUAUGCCGAGGGAGCAACCAGUGCCACCUCCCCAGCAUUGGGGCCCUCCUCAAACCUGGGGCCCUCCUCCGAACAUUCCUCCAGGUGGUCCUGGUUUUGGAGGAAAUCCACAGUUCAUACCUCCAAGGCCGCAAGACAGUUAUUAUCCUACUCCUGAUGCCCCCGCUAUGGAAAAGCAGCCGCACUAUGGUAUUUCUGCAUAUGGUCGGGAGGCCCCACCAAGUGGUGCUUCUGCUACAGGGAAUCAACCACUCUCUCAUGCAGGUUCUCAGGUGACUCAUAACAUGCACAUUCCCCUUAACUAUGCUGAUGCUGUGAUUGGGGCAGCUGGUGCUAGUAUCAGUUAUAUCCGUAGACACAGUGGCGCAACAGUAACUAUUUAAGAAAGCAGAGGUGCACCUGGAGAGAUGGCUGUGGAGAUAAUUGGGACUGCAGCCCAAGUUCAAACUGCUCAGCAACUGAUCCAGAAUUUCAUGGCAGAGGCUGCUGCCCCAGGCCCGGCGCCAGCUUCUAACCCUCCCGCUCCACCAGUUGAUCCGAGCUACGGCUCUUACCCACCACCAUAUGGAGCACCUCCUUAUGGUUCUUCUGUGGCCGCCAGGCCUCCUCUGCAGUACAAUGGUGGGAGCUAUGGUGGUCCGACCUACCCUCCCAGCUAUGGUUAUUAGUAUUCAAGUAGCAGCAAACCUCUUUUCUUGAAGGAUAAUCCUCAAUGCAAGGUGUCUUUUUCCUUGUGUGAUGGUAAGGAUUUAGUUGCUGAAUAAUGACUGUGUGGAGCUGAACGCCAUCCUGCUACUGUGUAUGAUAAAGAUCAUUUUGUUAGACACAUCCAUGAGUGUGUUAUGUGCUCGUUACUUGGUCAUUGUUAAUUCUGUGGUAUGUGAGCGACGACCGUGCAUCAUUAUGUAUGCAUGUCUUUGGGCACACUUAAAAGAUGAAGGUGAACCAAUGUUCUACGGUUUUGAAACAGAUGGAAACAACAUUAUGAAUAAUAGUAUUCUAGUCCGAUCAUGAGAUGUA